AUGCCCCCGUCGUCAUUCUGUUUUCGUCCUCUGAAGGUGUCCUUCAUUGCGGUUGAGCCAACGGGGAGGGAGGAUACAAAGUUAUCGCCCAGUGUUUCUCUUAAUACCAUCCUGUGGCAUAUCUCGUAUCUCGUCCCCCUUUGCCUCUUGUGUGCUUCUGAUUUCAAAUGGCAUGAAGCUUGCUCUUCGGGACAAGCUGGGGCCAAUUAUUCCCAAUAUUUCUUUUUUGAGGUUGGUAAUUUAUCCUGGUCAGCAGCUCGGAUCCCACCGAAGCGAACGUCGAGCGACCGUUCCAAGUCGGCGCCCAAAAACCACGAUGAAAUCCGUUUCGCCCUCCGUCUUGUUCGCAAUUUAAUUUGA